AUGGUGACGCGCGAGGCGUACGGCAAAAUGGCCCGCCUGUUCCGCCUGCACGCGCUGCCCGCAGAGGCGCCGCCGGAGGCGGAGGGGGCCGGCGGCGCCGCGGACGACGAGGCCGCGGCGGCCGCGGCGGCCGCGGAGGCGGCGGCGGGGGUGGAAGAGGGACAGGGGGACGGCGCGAGGACGGCGUUCCACGCGCGGCUGUUUGCGCUGCUGCUGCGGUACAAGUGCCUGCAGGGGCACGGCUUCCAGGCCGCGGUCGGCCCGCCCGUGUGGCAGGUGCUGCGGCGGCGCCUGUCUGUCGGCUUCGAGUGCUUCGCGUCCCCCCUCAACAGCAGCUUCACGCGCUGCGCGUCAGCCUUCCCGGAUGUGGACGGCCCGUUUGGUUCCUGCGGCAGCUUCUUCAGGCUGCCCCUCAAGCACGGCUCCUACGAGUGCAACCCGCCAUUCGUCGCCGCAGUCAUGGACGCCGCCGCGGACCGCAUGCACGUGCUGCUCAACGCCGCGGAGGCAGCCGGCGGCGCGCUGAGCUUCUGCGUGGUCAUCCCCGGCUGGCAGGAGACGCGCGCGUGGCGGGCGCUGAGCGGGAGCGCUUUCUUGAAGAAGCGCAUCGUUGUCGCGGCCGCGGAGCACGGCUUCUGCGACGGCGCCUCCCACCAGCGGCGCGACCUCUACCGGCAGUCGCCCUACGACACGGGUGUCUUCAUCCUGCAGACGGCCAAGGGCGCCGCCAAGUGGCGCCUGGACGGCGCGUUUGAGCAGGCGCGUGACGUGCGCGCGGCGUUCGCCGCAUGCAUCCCGUCGGCCGCGGCCGCCGAGCGGCAGCGGCGCAAGCUGGGCGCGUCUGAGAUCGAGCACUGGGGUGUGGCGCCGGCGGCGGCGGCGGUGGGGGCUGGAAGGGAGGGGACCGCUGCAGGGGGAAGCGACGGCCCGCAGGAAGGGGCGAAGCGCAAGGCGUUGCCUCAAGCGCCGACGGCAGCAGUGGAUAAUGCAGCCAAGGCCGGCGCGGCAGACAGCGGCCCGGCGAUGGAGCAGGGGCCUAAUGGUGAUGAUGGCGGCACGGAAGGAGGCAGGAAGCAGAAGAGCAAGCGGCAAAAGGGAGGCUGA